GUGUAUUUAUACUGGUUUGGUUCGAGUCGAUCAGAGUGGUUAAUUGAAGUUGUUUCUCUUUUCUCUUUCAGUUUUGUUUGUGAUUUCGUCGGGGAAGGUGUGUGUGGUCGUGCCGAUUCUGCAUUUUGUGGCUUUAAGUGAAGUAGUACAUAAGGAUUUUUAGCUGUCUAUAUGUAUACAUAUACUUGUUUAUUCCAUUGUGUGUACACUUAGUGCUGUAACGUUAGCAGUGGAAAGCCAUUCCUUAUCCCAGAUAAAAAUUGGGAAUAUCAAGAAGUUCUUGUAGUGAAAAUUUUUUUUUGGAAAUUUUUAAAAAUUAAAAAUUUACGAAAGAAAACUUAGUAUAAACUAAAAUUAAAUAAAUAAAAUAAAAGUAAACAAAUAAAUAAUGGCAUCCGAGGUAAGUCAAGCACCACUCAUCGAAAAUAAGGUUGCUGAAGAAGCGGCGGCGGCUGCGACCAAGCCAGAAACGACAGCUACAGAAUCCGUAGCUGCUAAGGAGAACAACGCUGAAAGCAAUGGUGCCGAUACAGCGAAUGCACAGGAGAAAGGCGACGACACAAAGGCGUCGGCCGGUGAAGAUACAAAAAAAGAUGGAGACAAUGCAACUACUGCAGCAGCAGCAAACAGUAAAGCCGAACCAGCACCAAAGUUCAAUGUGCAUAAAACGAACUUUGAGAAGGAUAUAAUAUAUCUGUACCAAUUUUCCCGCACUCCUUUGCUGCCAUCGCUUUCACCAUAUUGUCUAAAAGUCGAAACCUGGCUACGUCUGGCAGGUCUCAAAUACGAGAAUGUUGACCAUAAAAUGCGUUUCCGUUCGAAGAAGGGACAAUUGCCCUUCGUUGAGUUGAACGGCGAGGAAAUCGCUGACUCAGCCAUUAUCAUCAAGGAGUUAACAGCUCGAUAUGAAAAGAAUUUGGACGCCGCUCUGACAACAGAGCAACGGAAUGUAUCAUAUGCCAUGAUUGCUAUGCUGGAGAACCAUUUAAUUUGGAUUAUAUUUUACUGGCGUGCCAAGUACCCGGACAAUGUAUUGAAAGGCUACAAAGUAAACUUGCAACACGCACUCGGCCUACGUUGGCCGAACUCUAUUUUGAAUUUUGUCUUUAAAUUCACCUUCGGCCGAAAGUGGUUCCAGGGUUCAAAAAAAUUGAAGGCUCAUGGCAUCGGCGUACACAGUCCCGAGGAGAUUGAAGAGUUCGGCAAGAACGAUUUGAAGGUGUUGAGCGAAAUGUUAGACUGCAAGCCAUUCUUCUUUGGCGAUGAGCCGACCACUUUGGAUGUAGUUGUGUUUGCAAUUUUGUCGCAGCUGCAUUAUUUGUCGAAAGACAUCUCGUAUCCGUUACGAGAUUUCAUGACCGAAAAGUGUCCCAACUUGGUGGGCCAUGUAUCACGAAUGAAGGAAAGGUGCUUCCCCGAUUGGGAUGAGAUCUGCACAAAGUUGGAUUUGAACGCUCAUAUUCCAAAGCCAGAGCCUGAAACAAAGGAGGGCAAAGAGGGCGAGCCUGAAAAAUCAAACGAACAGGAAAAUGAUUCUGACAAGAACGAGAAAGAAUUGGAAAAAGACAAGUCGAAUGAGAAGGAAAUAACAGAGGAGAAUAAGGAGAAGGAAGAUACAAAGUAAACGAUAAGUUUAGGACAACUGUAAAGGACAUGCAUUUAAGAACAAAAAUAAUCACACACACAAAAGUAUAAUACAAUAAAAUUUGAAAACCUUUUUUAUAUAUUACGAUUAGCAUAAAAUUAUAAAAGAAUUAUACAUAAAGUAUAAGAAAUUGCAAUUAGUUAAAAGCGAAAUAACUUCUGAUGAUGAAGGAUGAUUCUAACUGCUAAUUUUUGUUUAUUUUUCAUUUUCAUUUAGUUUUAAUUUUUUUACUGUAUAAUUAUAUUAUUUACUUCCGAAACAAAAAAAAACUAAAACAUAAAAAGCAAAAAAAAAGUAAAUGCAGAAACGCAUUAAGCCUAAAUGUAAUUAAGUUUAUUUUUCUAUAAUAUAUUAAUUUGUGUGCAAAUAUAAAAUAUGUAAUGAAAAAUUAUAUCGUAUGAAAAUUGUGUUUUGAAUGUUGACUAAAACAAAAACAAAACAAUUCAAAAUGCUGCUACAUGAGUUAUAAGUUCUUAUCAGAAUCAAACAAAUCAUUGUGAAAAAGAAAAACUAAAGAAUAAAAAACCAAAAUACUCAAAAUUUGAAAUACGUCAAACAUUACAUGCGUUACAUACAUCCAUAAAUACAACACUGCGUAUCAUACAUUCGAGCGAACAAAAAUACAUACAUAAAAAGAAACUUAAAAACCCAUUUGCACACCGCAUACAUUAUUGCGUACAUACAGGCAUUCAUCAAAUGCACCCACAUAAACGCGCAUACACACAUACACAUACAUAUGCAUACACGAGAAUGCAAAUUGUUAGCACUAUUGGCUUUAUUUUUGUUUUUGCUCAUCGUAUUUAUUUCAAUACGCAUACAUACACAAAUAAGUCUAAACCCAAACAUACAUAAUUGCAACUAAAUCAUUCGCAUAUAGAUAUAUAGACUUAUAUAUAUAUAAAUAUAUGUAACAUCAACAAGAUCAAGUAUAAAUUGAAGAGUACACCGAUAAACAACAAACAAAAACAAAACAAAUUUAAAUUAAAUAAUAAAGAAAAUGAAAUAAAUAAUAAAAACAAAACAAAACAAAAACAAAAAAAAAAAAAAGAAUAA